CCGAGCGGGGAGCGGAGUCGGGCGGCACCGGACGGGGAGCGAGACGCACGGAGCCGGGGCGCUCGACCCCCUCCGCCGGGGCCGCCGCCAUGGCCGAGCCCGGCCCCGAAGACCCGCUCCCGAGCCUGAAGGCGGAGACGCAGCCCCCCGAGAAGCGGCGACGGACCAUCGAGGACUUCAACAAGUUCUGCAGCUUCGUCCUGGCCUACGCGGGCUACAUCCCCGCCGCCAAGGAGGAGAGCGACUGGACGCCGUCGGGCUCCAACUCGCCGCUGCGCGCCGAGAGCGCGGCCGACAGUGACGGCUGGGAGUCGGCGCACUCGGACCUGCACACCAUCGAGACCUUCGUGAAGAAGGCCAAGUCCUCCAAGAAGAAGGCCUUCCGGCGCCUCAAGUCCGACAGCUCCCUGCUGGAGAAGAUGAAGCUCAAGGACUCGCUCUUCGACCUGGAGCCACCGGGGAAGCCGCCGGCCGCGCUGGCCCCUACACCCAGGCCCACCCCAGGCCCUGGCGAUGCCACCAACAACAAGAAGAGGGACAAGCGGAGCAGGCGGGCAGCUGAGGGCGGUGUGCUGGGGGUGCCCGGCGGGGGGGCAGCCAAGAGGAACCGUGGUGACCCGGCAGGCGAGAAACGCUCCCGCAUCAAAAAGAGCAAGAAAAGGAAGUUGAAAAAGGCAGAGCGGGCCGAGGCGAAGCCAAAGGCAUCCCUUAGCGAGACGGACUCUGAGGAGGAGGACGCCCUGCCCUCACCAGUGGGCUGUGACCCGCCACCCGCAGGAGAGCGGGGGGCAGCAGGGGGGGCGCUGGAGCCCCAGGAUCCGGCAGGCGCCAGGGGCAAACUGGAGGGGGGUGGGGAGGGGAAGGAGUGUGGCAGCACCGAGACCAGCCGUGACGGCGAUGGCAGCUCCAGUGAGGGCGAGAUGCGGGUCAUGGACGAGGACAUCAUGGUGGAGUCGGGCGAUGAUUCCUGGGACCUGAUCACCUGCUACUGCCAGAAGCCCUUCGCUGGACGCCCCAUGAUCGAGUGCAACCAGUGCGGCACCUGGAUCCACCUCUCCUGCGCCAAGAUCAAGAAGACCAAUGUCCCUGACAUCUUCUACUGCCAGAAGUGCAAAGAUGGCAGCCGCAAGGUGCCGGCAGCAGCGCCCCGCAGCGGGGGCGAACCUUAGGGCCCCCUCAGGAUCCGGGUGCUCCCUGUCCCCGUCCCAGGGUCUGGGUGCUCCCUGGGCCCCCUACCCCCCCGGGGGCCUAGGUGUUCUUUGCCACCCCCCCCGGCCCAGGCGUCCCCCAGGCAAGGGUGACACAGCUGCUCUGGGCAGGGAGGGGGUGGAGGGGUGCCCUACCCCGGUGUAAAGUUCGACUGUAAAUAGAGGGGGAAGCGUU